GGGUCCGUUUUCACAAUACUGGUUCUUCAUCUGUCCCUGGAGUCAUCUUAAUGAGCAUUGAAGAUGGUCAUGAUGGCUUGCCGAGGUUAUCCCAAGUGGAUCCAAUAUACUCGUACAUUGUUGUUAUCAUCAAUUCAUGUCCAAGUGAGAUUUCUUUUUUGAGUCCUGUAUUGAGGGCUAGAACUCUCCAACUACAUCCUAUACAGCUGACGUCAACUGAUUACGCAGUCAAGGAUUCUACAUAUGAAACUUCCACGGGGUGUUUCAAUGUACCUGCAAGGACAACAUCUGUGUUUGUCGAACUUCGGAAAAUUUGAGCAGGUUGCUGCCUACCAUGAUUGGCUGUAAAUAUGAUAUUUUAUGAAUGAAUGCCAUUGUCGCUUGUUGCGUAGUAAGUUCCUAGCAAGAGAUUUUAUGGUUGACAUCUUAAUGUAAAUUGUAAAGCUAUAAAUCAAUGAUUUAAUUUGUUAGUACGAAUGAGAAAUAAUUUCACGAAAAUGCGAGUGCAUUUGUUUA